UGCAGUGUGCACCGCGUAUCCACACACAUAAUAUACGCGCGCGCGCACACACAAACACACACAUACGCACACACACAUACACACACGCACACACACACACACAGACAUUCAAACGCGCGCUAUACGACGCAUGUUUGUCGGUACUCGGUUGUACCGGCUGUUAAAUAGUUAUCGUGCGUGUUCGUGUGUUAAAAAUUGUAUUAUUAUUAUGUUGUUGCAGGGCUCGAUCGUCUCGGUCGAACACCGUUAAAAAAAUAGUAAUAAUAUUAAUAAAUAAACAAUAUAAUAACACUGUGCGCUGACGACUGUGCGGCAAGUGAAGACAUGAAGUGAAGUCUUGUUGCGUUUUCAUAAAAUCUCAUCAACGAUCCGUGUAAAAAUGCAUGCACAUAAUUUGCCUGAAUAUAAUGUUUACAUGGAUCACCCAAUGGACUUUCGACAAUAACAGGCCCUGUACUGCCUGAUAGUUCAGUAACACAAACGGUGAUUUCGUCCACUUCCUAAACUUUUUUUUUUACUUGAAACUUUUUCGAAAUGCCUAUUGAAACGCCAAGCUCAAGAUAUUCGCCAGUGGAUACGCGCGUCGAAGAACAUAUCGCUACUACUGCAGAUCCCAAGGUCAAAGUUGCUGCAAACGAUGAGGAUGGAUAUAUAAGCAAGAUGAAACAUUUUCUGACCACAGCAACAUUGGCCAAUAGCUCAAAGACGAAACCAUCCAAGAAUUGUAACUAUUCCUGUACAAUAUUGUUUAUACUUGGAUUUAUAUUAAGCUUAUUCCUUACUAUAUUUAUAUGGUUCACAGAUUUGUAUACUAAUGAAUUAUAUAAGAGACUGACAAUUCAAAACGGCAGUUUGUUGUAUGAUUCGUGGAAAGAACCACCAGUUAGACCACUACUGUGUGUAUAUAUAUUCAAUUAUACUAACGUUAACGAAUUUAUAAACGGUGAACACCAAAAGCUCAAAGUCCAAGAAGUUGGACCUUAUUGUUACAGGGAAACUUUAUACAGGGUGAACAUAACUGAUCAUCAAAAUGGUUCUCAAACAUUCAAUGAGAUGAAAGUUCAAGAAUAUGCUUAUGAUGCAUCAAAUGGAAAAGAUAAUGAUAUUAUCAUAGUACCAGACAUUCCAUACAUUAGUGCUAUAGCUUUAACUAUAGAUGAGAACUUUCUCGUGAGGAAUGCCAUGACAUCAGUUUUGAAUCAUGUAUCCAAUUUUCCGUUUGUCACUGUUAGUGUCUAUGAUUUUUGUUUCGGUUACCAAGAUAGUGUGAUAAGAACAUUAGCUGGGAUGGCUAAGUUGGCCAAUAAGCCAGUUCCAUUCGAAAAAUUUGGUUUACUUUCCAAGAGAAUUGGAGUUAAUCCAGAUCGUUUGACUGUAAUUAAUGGUCUCGAUAAUCUGAAUCAAAUGGGCCAAGUGAUACAACUAAAUGGAAAAUCAAUGUUACACCCGUGGAGUACAGAUGAGUGUAAUUCUGUUGGUGGAAGUGAUGGUAUGUUUUUUCCAAGACUUAAAGUUCAACAGGGAGAAACUAUACACUUAUUUCAUAAGGAUUCUUGUAGAAAAUUGCCAAUGACUUUCCUUUCUAAAGAAAAAAUUAAGAAUGGUGUAAUUGGGCACAGAUAUUCUCUGUCCGUAAAUACAUUCAAUAACUCUAUUCCUGAGAACAGUUGCUAUUGCACUAGUACACCUUGUAUGCCUGAUGGUAUAUUCGAUAUGGGGAAAUGUUCUACUCGUUCGCCGGUCGUCGUGUCACGCGCUCAUUUUCUACACUCCGAUCCAUCUCUAUUGAACGCAGUCGAAGGUCUUAAUCCUGAUCCAGAAAAACACGAAUUUCUAUGGCUUAUAGAUCCUAUACUCGGAAUAACGAUGGAAACCCAAAUGAGAAUACAGCUCAAUAUUCAAGUACGUAAUCCACACAAUUACGGUACACUAUCGAAAAUACCUGACAAUACUAUAUUGCCAUUCACUUGGUUGGAAAUCAAAACUGGUGAUGUAUCGCCAAAGCUGAGCAUGUUAUUGUUCCAUUUAACUUUCACUCUUCACUGGUUCCAAACGUUCCUGAUGUGUUUGAGUCUAGUUGGAUUAUUAGGCACUUCUUUUUGUCUAAUGCGUAUGUUAAAUAGACGUUUAAACAAAAAUAUUGUGAUAAUUUCAAACGAAAUACAACUAAAAGAUAGGCAUACUGAAAAAAUUCCUAUUUGUUAAUUAAAUUACUUACUUUUUGUUGUUUAUUUUAAUGUAAAUCAAUAUUUUUUAAAAGUAUAUGUAUUUUUAUUAAUAGUAUUUAAUUGUACAUAUUUAUCUACUACAUAAAUUUAUCUGCGAUAAUUUAUAUUUUCAAUUUUUUUUUUUUAAUUUCUAGUGAAAUGUACAAUAAUUUUACAUUUUUACUGUACACACAGUAAAUGCUCAUUUUUUGUCAAAUUACUAUUGAUAGAAUUUUUAUACAUUAUAUUUAAUAAUAUUUUUAUUUUUAAUUAUAUUUUAUGUACAUGAAUAAUGUUAUUAGAAAACUAUACAUUAUUUGUAAAAUUAAUAAAAAAAUGUUGAAAAGAAGAUAAAUGGUUGGUGUGAGUAA